AUGUCCGUUGUCGUAAAAUCGGCAUACGAUGUCUUCGAUAUCAAGUUUGCUGAGUCCAGCGUUAAAUAUGAUCUGCACGCGACACUCUUUCCUGACGAUGGCCUCCGGAGUGGUGAACUCGUUGAAAUUAGUGGCGAUUCGAAUAGCGGCAAAUCGUUGUUACUGCUCGAGCUGAUCGCUCGCGCCAUUUUGCCGAUCAACUGUGGAGGUUUAGAACGCGGUGCAUUGUUGAUCGACUGCGAGAACAGCUUCAACCGAUCGGUGCUGCUCAACAUCAUGGAAAAGCAUAUGCUCAAUAAUGCCGAGCCGGCCCUAGUCGGUACACUGGCCGAUCUGCGACAAAAGAAAACCCUGCAACAGGAGUCCUUAACACGGUUGCAUCUUAUUACCUGUUACUCGCUGGAACAGUUUGAUUUAACUCUGCUCUCGCUGCCGCAAUUGUUCCAUAACCACAAGGAUAUCGCGUUCGUGCUGAUCGAUUCGAUCGCAACGUUCUAUUGGAACAAAUGCACGCCGACAAAACUCGUGCGGCAGGAUUCAUACCUACGAGGGCACUGCGCAACACUGAACAAGCUGGCCAAAACCUGUAAGAAAAUUUUCCUUUUCACGAAACCAGCACAUUUUCCCAGCAACAGCGGAUCUUGGCGGGAAUUUGAACUGACCGCAUCACCAUCGGGGCUUCUGGAUGGAUCGACACAGGCGUCCUUCUCAGGCAACCAAAUGUUUGGUAGCCUGUCUUCGAAAACGAGCACGGCUAGUACCGUCCCUAUUGAUCACCGAAUUGAGCUUUCUGAAAUAAACAAUCCAAGCCCUGGUGCUUCAGGACAAAGUACCGUCGACGAGCAACGGUUCCAUGCGUUCAUCACGCGGAUGGAUAAGCAACAGUAUGUACGUUUUUACCUAAUCGAUAAGUACGGGUUCAACUGGAUUGACCAGUAA